AUGCCUCCAUCGGUCCCGGACAAGAUUCCAUGCCACUCUGCGAAAGACUUGCGUUAUGCUCUUGACCCACUUCGUCCGUUGCAAGAGCAACUCGAAACUGAAGAAAAUUGGGACAAAAUAUCUCGUGCAAUCCAAACCAUAGCCGCCUUGACACGGGGUGGUGCGGCUGAGCUAGAUGCUGAAUACAUAAAGGAGAUUCGCGGGUUCUCAACAUUGAUACUAAAUAGUAUGAACUCUGAACGUACCCGGCUUGCUAACAUCGCUGUCGAUCUAUUUACGUCAUCUUACCCCCACUCGGCAGCAAAUUCGAGCCAUUUAUCGUCUUCGUCUCUCGCGCAACGACCGGUUUACACGCAAUCAUUUCGCAUUGCCCUCAUCCCAGAAUACUCGUGGAGCUACGACUGGGAUUGGUCGAUACCUACGUUUGCCGCAAAAGCUGGGGACGUAGAAAUUGUAAUACGUACCUUUGGAACUGAUUCCAAUGUGGACGUACGAAAAAUCACCAGGCAAAUAUUUGAUCAAUACAGGCAGGAAUUCCCCGAUCGUGUGGACAGCUUCCUUGAACCUCUUACUCCUGUCAUCAAACGAUAUUUAGAUAUCAAGGCCAAGUCCUCACAAGACAAGGCUGGACCAGCUCCCAGAAAGCAGGCUCCGGUUCCUGCUCCCCAAUUUAAGGCUGUUGUAUCUGCACCUGCGCCUGUGCCUGCGCCCGUCCCAUCUGCUCAAGAAGUUCCUGUUCAAAUUGUCGAGGAACAACCUCGACCGAAGAUGACCCGCGUCGGAGUGGGAAGACCAGGACCAUCGCGGGCUCCAGUUGUUGAUUCUCACACACAGGCACCAUCCGCUCCUACACACUCUCGCAUCGUCUCUGGGCCUGAACGUAUCAUGACACAAGUAACUCGAGAUCACACACAAGAUGUACAUGCCACUGCUGGCCCUAUGCGUACUACUGUUGCCCAAAGUUCAUCUUCUGCGCCAGUUGUGAGGUCUGUGAGCUCCAGCGGGCCUUCUCGGAUGCGUGUGGAGCAGCCUGUUGCAGCUUAUCCAUCUAGUGCUUUUGACAUCCAACCCUCGAGCUCUGCUCAGCCCCCUGCUGAAUCGGGGCGCCGUUUCCGUCCUGUGCGUGCGCCAAUGGAUCCAUCGCAAAUGCCUCAACGUGUGGCAGUUCCGCCGCCCGUUCCGAAGCCAACAGUAGAAUCCAAGAAGCCGAGCGGUCCAACCCGUGUCAACCUCGGAGCAGGCGUACGAAAUGUUAGCGGUCCUACGGUAGCACCCCCUGCUCGAGUUGCGAGUGUGACCGUUAAGACGGAUCAUCCACUAGGAACUAACCUCACGGCACCCAGCCUGUCUCCUAACACUGAUGAACCCCAAACAAAGGCAUCCUCUUCUGCACCUGCGCCCACGAGUAGCUCUAUUCAAGUAUCGAUACCAGGAGAGCCAAACCCGUCUCUCCCCUCACCAGCGUCCGCUCCUGUUCCUUCCUCUGCUCCUGCUUCUCGGCCCGCGUCUACGAUACCCGCCGACUCUCGUCCACCUUCCGUAGCUUCUAAUAGAUCCAAGGCACCGACUACUACGUCGACAUCUACCGAAAGUCACCUAAGCUCUGUCAAGAAUGCUACUACUGCCACGGCUCCGGCUAAGCCCACUCUGACUACAUCCAAAUCCGCCCCUAUUACCACCAAAGUUUCUGCGCUCAUUAAACGUGGAAAUCCUUACGCUCCCCCACCAUUCGUCCCCAAAAGAGCGCCCGCUUCCGGCGGUGUAGGCGCUGGUACCGCCAGUCAGAUGGCUCGGCAACGUGAAGCUAUCGCAGCUCGGGAAAAGAGAGAGGCAGAAGAAGCGACAAAGAAGUCCAAGAAAGAAGCCAGAGAGGGCAAGAAACCGGCCAGUACCGACGGAGCUACCUCUACCCGCUCCCGGCCUGCGUCAUCCCAGGCUGGUACUUCUCGAAAUCCGCCCGCCGCUCCUCGCAAACGGACUGUCUCGACUAGAGCAAAGCCCCCAGGUGGACCUCCAAAGGUUGACCUGAAGACGAUUGAGCCUGAGAUGAUUGCGGCUGUAUGCGCACCUCUGCCAGGAUCCCCAACCCCACUCGCGAUUCGAGAAACGCCUCUCCCCCCAUCGCCAGUUGAGAACGCCCACAGCCCGAAUCACGUCGACGCGGAAGUCAUGGUCCUCGACGACGGGGUUGAAGGAGACGUAGAAAUGCAGCAGGUAGAUCAGGAGCCUUCCAACGAGGAACCAAACUCUAUUGAAACAGAAGGUACAACAUCAACUAAGCAGGAAAUAGUCGUCCCUGCUCCGGAGCCAGAGCCAGAACGUGUAGUUAUUGAAAUAUCCGAUGACAGCUCUGAGGUCGAUAUGGAUGAACCCCAUCAUGAAGAUGAGCUUGCGGCCCACACCGGCGCUGAGGCCACUGAGCAAGCUGUUCAAACACCGCCAUCACGCACAACCCCUAUUUCUAUUAUCGAUCAGACUCCCGUCCCUGCGGGUACAACACCUCCAAUGCCCCCUACCGGAUUUGCUUUUCAUCCUCAACUUGCACAGCUAAUGGCUCUCCCUCCCCGACCUGUCCAAGAGGAAGAUGAUUUCUUGGUAGAUUUGUCGUCUCCUCCGCCAAAGGAACGCCCUAGCGAAAAGGAAGGCUCGAACCGAAUGGUUCUCACGGACCGGGGUAAUACCCACACAUAUCUCAGCCAGUUUACUCAAGAUUUGAUGUCGCUGAGCGGAUUAUAA